CCAGGCCGGGCCGGGCCUGCUGCCGUCGCUGUGGAGACGAGGCGCUGCCUGCUAUGGCCAACCACCGUCGCUUGCGGCUCCGCCGAAGGGCGGCAGCGGCGCGGAGCAAGCUGGCCCCUCUGGCCCGGCCUCCGCUCCCGGCCCUGGGCGGAGCGCGGGACAAGCGGGAGGCCGGCGGCGGCGGGGACGCCUGGCGGGACUUCGCCGCCUCCUUCGUGGCCGCCGGGAUGGUCGCGCCGCCCGAGCCGGAGAAGGGGGCGGCGGCGGCCGAGGCCGAAGAGCCGGGCAGGGGGGUGUUGGCGGCCGCCGAGGCCAAAGAAGGCCGCGCCGUCCUGCUUUUGCCUCAGGGCCAGACCUUGGCAUUCACUGGCAAGUGUUCCUUGACGUGCUUGUAUGGCUCUGUGCGGGUGUUUGGCUUCACCAUUGUUCCAGAUCAGCCCCCCUACAACCUCUUUUCCCCCCACUCCCACUGUGCCCUCACCAUUGAGGCAACAGCCGAUAAGGAGCCGGAAAAAUCUGAGAAGGAGAUGAAAGCAGGGGCCAGGUCUGUCCUCCGAGCGCACCUCGUACCCCAAGAAGCAAGAUGCAAACUGAUGAAAACCUUUGUCCCCCAGUGUUCCAUAGUUUUGUUGGAACAUCUGGAUACACCUGAGACGAGGUUCAUUCUCAGCCACCCAAGUCUCUCCCAUAUUUUCAGAGCAAAAAGACAAAAGGUUCCCUGCUUCACCCCAGAAGAUGCCGUGCUGGCUUCCACCGGCAUCGGGAGGCUGGAUCCAGGGAACGGCCUCCUUCUAUCGGAAAGUUUGCUUUCAGCCAUUGAGGAGCUCGUCGAAGCCUGCCAGGAGGAGGAUGAAGGUUGCCCCGUCAUCUUAGUCUGUGGCCCCAAAAGUGUUGGCAAGUCAACUUUUAACAGAUACCUGAUUAAUCUUUUGCUGAACCGCCUUCCCUGCAUUGAAUUCUUGGAGUGUGAUCUGGGGCAGCCUGAAUUCACACCCCCUGGGUGCGUUUCCCUAAUUAAUGUGACAGAACCGCUUCUAGGUCCCCCAUUUACUCACCAACGUAGACCCCGCAAAAUGGCAUACUUUGGGGAAACCAGCUGCGAACAGGAUACCGAAAGGUACAUCGACACGCUGAAGUACGUGUUCAGCGCCUACGAGAGAGAUGUUCCUCUGGUUGUCAACACGAUGGGAUGGGUGCAAGGUGCCGGGUUGCUCCUUCUGAUUGACCUCAUUCGGCUGCUGGCCCCCAGCCACGUCGUUCAGAUCAGCGCUGAAGACUGCAAGGAGAUGCCUUUGCUUUCCUCCGAGUAUCUCCAUGGCACUGCUGGGCUGCAUACGAGAGGCAAAGCGCCCCCCAAAGCCAGGAGCCUGACGAGCGAGGCGGAGGACUUGGAGCAGGGCCGGAGCCAGGGGGACUUCCAGCCACUGCAUCCUGGGCCUAAGUUGUUGCGUGUCCAGCCAAAGUUCCCAGGAGCUGGGGGUUCUGGCAACGGGCGAACCCACAGCAGCAUCCUCCGGGACAUGGCGGUCUUGGGGUACUUGAGCCAGUUGCAGCCCCCAGACACGGAUCCGGUGCUUCCUCUACACAGCCUGGCCCCCUACCAGGUACCCUUCAGUGCUGUCGCCCUCAGGGUGAUCCAUGCCGAUGUAGCUCCUGCCCACGUCUUGUACUCUGCCAAUGCCAGCUGGGUGGCCCUCUGCCAGGUGCCGGACGAAAUCCCCCGUAAGAGCGGCGGGCCAGUCUUGUUGACGCAGACGCCCAUCUGCGAUUGCCUGGGCUUUGGCAUUGUCCGGGGCGUGGACAUGGACAAAAGGCUUUACUACAUUUUGACUCCAGUCGCUCCGGAGAACUUACGGCUAGUGAAUUGUUUACUUAUUGGAAAUAUUCCCAUUCCUAAUUGCAUCUUCCUCAGCCAAGUGGGGAUUGAAGGAGAGAUACCUUACGUCACGUCGGAGUAUAACUACGACAUUUCAGGCGCUGGGAAGUUGAAGAUGAAAAAGCAUCUCAAGAGGAGAGAACACAAGCGGCCCUGAGCCCUGUUUUAGACCCUCGCCGGCAGGGACUGGUUCAGUUCUGAGGAUCGGACCUGAUCUUGGUGGACCUUCCAUCAGCUGCACUGUUAGCGCAACGCUGAUCCACCGCCGUGUCUUCGUUAUAUUUGCAUCUUUUCUUUCUGACUUUAAAAUUAAAUAUUUGUCAUAUA